AUGUGGGGUAUCGGGUACCUGCAAUGGAGGAUCUCUGAUGAAAUGUUAUGCCAUGAGAUGUGCUUUUGUCAGCAGAAUGGAUUCUACAUGUUUGCACUCUACCAAGGUUGCAUGAUUGAUCCCUCAAGAAAAGCUUGCAUGAUUGAUGAUGGAAUCAUUGAUCAGCUACACAACCUUACAGUGCACACUUUCACCACUACACCAAGUAAAUGA